AGCUCAAAAUCCUAACAUCCCUUCAUUGCAUGCAACGUAAUGAUCCCAAUCUACAUGGAUGCGUUGUGUUCUUCUUUUUUGCCCACAAUUUCCACUUAUAAAAAUCUCAAUAAUCCGAACACAAGAAAACUGCAACCUCCAAAGAGAACUAGUCCUUCUCCAUCCUUACCCGUACUAGCAGCUAUAGCAACAAAUGUUGAUGAUGAUAUUGCUCCAAAGAAACGAUGUGCGAUGAUCUUGAAAUCUCUGGAUGAUUUCAUAAACAACUCCAUAGAGCCUCCACUUCUCCGACCUUCAAUCGACCGGAGGCUCGUAGUCUCUGACAACUUUGCUCCGGUCACCCAAGAGCUUCCCCCAACCGAGUGCGAGCUGAUACAUGGCUCUCUGCCACCAUGCCUUGACGGUGCCUACAUCCGCAACGGCCCUAACCCCCAAUUCCUUCCCCAAGGGCGGCCUUACCACCUUUUCGAUGGCGACGGCAUGCUUCACUCCAUCAUGAUCUCCCAAGGCCGAGCAACACUUUGCAGCCGCUACGUCGAGACCUAUAAAUACACCGUGGAGUGCGAAGCCGGAUAUCCUCUCUUUCCCAGCAUCUUCUCUUGCUUCAACGGCCUCCUUGCCUCUACCAUGCGCGCGGCUCUCCUGGCUACUCGAAUCAUUGUUGGUCAGCUGAAUCCUGCUAACGGCUUUGGUGUCGCAAACACCAGUUUAGCUCUCUUUGGCAACCGUCUCUAUGCGCUUUGCGAGUCUGACCUUCCUUACGCCAUGCGCUUGACAUCAAACGGAGAUAUACAAACUCUGGGGCGGCAUGAUUUCGACCAGAAGCUCUCCACGAGCAUGACAGCUCAUCCAAAGACAGACCCCGAAACAGGAGAAACCUUUGCUUUCCGCUACAGCCCCGUGUUUCCAUACCUCACCUAUUUUCACUUCGAUGCAGACGGAACAAAGCACCCGGACGUGCCCAUAUGCUCUAUGCGCCAUCGAUCUAUCCUCCACGACUUUGCAAUCACCAAGAAAUAUGCCAUAUUUGUUGACAUACAAAUGACAGUGAAUCCCAUUAAAAUGAUCACUACGGGAGGAACUCCAGUCGUAUUUGAUCCCUCCAAAGUGCCUAAGAUCGGAGUACUUCCCAGGUACGCAGUUGACGAGUCUGAGAUAAAGUGGUUUGAUGUUCCGGGGUUCAACAUCUUGCACACCAUUAAUGCAUGGGACGAUGUUCAAGAAGAUGAUAGCAUUGUUCUGGUUGCACCAAAUGUAUUGUCCGUACAAUACGUUUUUGAGAGAUGGGACCUGUUCCGUGCAUCGGUAGAGAAAGUGAGGAUCAAUCUUAAGACAGGGAUUGUGACAAGGGAACUCAUCUCCAUAAGGAAUCUAGAAUUCGGGGUGAUCAAUCGGGCUUACGUGGGGAAAAAGAACAAGUUUGUGUAUGGAUCUGUCUCUGAAGAAUCAAUGCACCCUGAUGAUUCAAUACCGAAGUGUGCAGGGUUGGUGAAGCUGGAUCUAGAUGUGUCGUCCAACGUGGAUGAACCCACGUUGGCCUGCAGGAUGUACGGACCAAAUUGCUACGGCGGUGAGCCUUUCUUUGUUGCUAGAGAGCCGGAGAAUCCAAACGCGGAGGAGGAUGAUGGGUACGUGGUGUCAUUUGUGCAUGAUGAGAAGACAGGAGAAUCUAAGUUCUUAGUGAUGGAUGCGAAGUCCCCGCAGCUUGAUAUAGUGGCGGCUCUGAAGCUGCCCCGCCGGGUUCCUUACGGCUUCCAUGGCCUCUUCGUGAAGGAAAGCGACCUUCAAAAGUUGAAAGAAAAUUAGCCAAAACGAUCAAUUUUUCUUGUCACAAAUGUUUAUGCGGUCGAUAUCUAUGUUGCAAAUAUUGAAGUAUAAUCUGUUAAACUAAAAUUAUUCGGUCCCAUUUCGAACUUACUACUAGUGUGUAUAAGUAUAAUGUAAUGUAAUAAAAGUCGAACCAUGAC